AUGGAUAAGGCUUGGAUGCAUAUUAAAUAUAGAUUGCAUUCCAGCGAAUAUGCUGAUGGCGUUAAACAAUUCAUAGAUGUGGCGAAGGCCUGUGCACCUGGUAGAGAUUGCAUUAGGUGUCCAUGUAGGAGAUGCCGAAAUCGAACAUUCCAUCCCAUUGCAAUGGUUCAGGAUCACUUGUUCAUCUUAGGUAUUGAUACAUCUUAUAUGGCAUGGGUAUUCCAUGGCAAUGAGGAAAUUUUACUUGAAGCCACAGAUUCAGAGGAAGAAGUUCCUCAUGCCUAUAACUACAAUGACUACAUUAAUGAUGUUGAUGAGAUGUUAGAUGACAUCCGUGUGGGAUCCUUUAUGGAUAAUUCUGGUGGAACAGAAUUGAAUUUAGAUGAAGGGCCUUCACAACACACCACUGAUGAUUCGAUACAACCUACCUUCGAAUUGUUGCUAGAAAAUGCAAGAAAGCCACUUUAUCCAAGCUACACAUACUUCUCAAAGCUAUCAAUCAUAGUCAAGUUGUUUCACAUAAAGACAGUUGGUAGUUGGAUUGUGAAGUCUUUUGACAUGAUUAUAAAGCUUUUGCAAACAGCUUUUCCUCAUGCACUAUUUUCGGCCUCAUUCCACGAUGCUCACUGCUUACAGUGGGCCUCAAUGCCAGCUAACCAACAUAGGAUACCCCAAAAAGUCCUCCGAUAUUUCCCUUUGAAGCCGCAAUUGCAAAGGCUAUUUAUGUCAAAGAAGACUGCCCAAUCCAUGAGAUGGCAUAUAGAAGAGCAUGUUGACAAUCCCAACUUCAUGAGACAUCCUGCUGAUUCUAGGGUAUGGAAAGACUUUGAUAACAAACAUGCUUGGUUUGCCCAGGAUCCUCGUAAUGUCAGACUUGGUCUAGCAAGUGAUGGGUUCAACCCAUUCAAUAAUAUGAGCAAACCGUAUAGCAUUUGGCUAGUGCUACUUUUGCCUUCCAACUUGCCCCCUUGGUUAUGCAUGAAAGAUCCAUACCUAAUGAUGUCAUUAUUAAUCCCUAGACCAAAGGCUCCGGGAAAUGAUAUUGACGUGUUCUUGCGUCCCCUAAUAGAUGAGUUGACAGAAUUAUGGGAAGAGGGAAUUCAUACAUAUGACGCAUACUUACGAGAAUUGUUUCAGUUAAGGGCAGUUUUACUUUGGACCAUUAAUAACUUUCCUGCAUAUGCUAACCUUUUUGGUUGGAGCACGAAGGGUAAGUUGGCAUGCCCUACAUGUACCACUGAGAUAGAUUCACUGUGGCUUGUGCAUGGCCGAAAACAUUGUUAUAUGGGCUAUCGUAGGUGGUUGGCGCCAGAUCACAAUUGGAGAAGGAAAAAGUCAGCUUUUAAUGGUAAGGAGGAACACUGUCUCCAAUCGAAAAUGGUGGAGGGACAAGCUUUAAUGGAGCAAUUACAUGAGGUCUCAAAUGUGCAGUUUGGUAAAUCGGCAAAGAAGAGAAAACGUAUACCCAAUGAACUUAAUUGGAUAAAAAAGAGUAAAAGUAAGGACACCACUAAUGCACGUAGGGAUUUGGAAGAUCUUGGACUAAGAAAAGAAUUACAUUUACAACAUAAUGGUAAUCAAACUUCUAUGAGCCUUGCUUGUUAUAUGUUAAACGUAAAUGAGCAAAAGAGUUUUUGUGCACGCUUGGCAGAAGUUAAAUUUCCUGAUGGCUUUGUCUCAAAUAUUGUUCGGUGUGUCAACGUUACUGAUGGAAAAAUAAUGGGAAUGAAGAGCCAUGAUUUUCAUAUCUUCAUGCAAUAUUUGUUGCCGGUUGUUAUUGGUGGGUACCUACAUUAUGCAUCGAUAUUUAAUAGAGUUGUGUUCGUUUUUUGA